AAAGCAUUUUCUGACAUUGGUCUCCUGGUUCCACUGACUCUUGACCCCAACACUGUACAUCCCUGUCUCUCUCUGAGCGAUGACCUGACCAGAGUGAGAAAUACUGGAGAUAAACACCCACUCCCCGACAACCCAGAGAGGUUCGACUUCGGUGUGGCCGUACUGGGCUCCGAGGGCUACACCUCAGGGAAGCACAGCUGGGAGGUGGAGGUGGGGAACAAACCCUCCUGGAGUUUGGGCGUGGCGAGGAAGUCCGUCGACAGGAAGGGGCAGAUAAGAGCAAUCCCAGAAAAGGGCUUCUGGGUUCUUUCCCAGAGGAACUGGGACCUGUACGGAGCGUGCUCCUCAGAGAAAAAGUGCAUCAAACUGAGGAGGAAGCCCCAGAGGAUCAGAGUGCAGCUGGACUAUGACAGGGGGGUGGUGUCCUUCUUUGAUCCCAGUGACAUGACACAGAUCUACACCUGCAAAGGUACAUUUAGAGAGAGAAUGUUUCCCUUUCUGUCCCCUUAUCUAAGUGAAGAUGGCAGUAACCCUGGGGCUCUGACAAUAUGCCCUGGGAGCGUGUCGAUAAUAGCGAUGUCAUUCCAGUGAGCUUGUUUAAGUGCUGUCAUUCUACUGAACAUGUCUAUUAGUGAUGUCAUUCCAGUGAGCAUGAUUAACAGUGCUGUCAUUCCAAUGAGCAUGAUUAACAGUGAUAUCAUUCCAGUGAGCAUGUUUAACAGUGAUGUCAUUCCAGUGAGCAUGAUUAACAGUGAUAUCAUUCCAGUGAGCAUGUUUAACAGUGAUGUCAUUCCAGUGAGCAUG